CCGUCGCUAACGUCCGCGUCGGCCGUCGGCGCGUGGCGCAGCGCGGCCGCGGCCACCUCCGUCGCCAGCACCUGCAUCCAGGCCACCUCCGCCAAGGCCGCCUGCACCAAGGCCACCUGCACCAGGCCACCGCCGCCACGAGCAGCACCACGACGCGGAGCUCGCCAUGGGGGCGGUCCCCUACGAGGAGGCCAUCGCCCUCACAGGGACGGGGCGGUUCCACCUGCUGCUGCUCAUCAUCAGCGGCAGCACCAUCACGUGCACCACCAGCGAGAUCCUGGGCCCCAGCUACUUGCUGCCGGCCGCGGCCUGCGACCUGCGCAUGUCCGACCUGGACAAGGGCGUGCUGGGCGCCAUCGUGUAUAUCGGGAUGAUCUUCGGCUCGCACUUCUGGGGCUACCUGGCGGACACGGCGGGGAGGCGCAACGUGAUCCGGGUGACGCUGUUCGCCGACGCCGUGGUGGCGCUGCUUUCCGCCUUCGCUCCGAACUACGCCGCGCUCGUCACCCUCAAGUUCCUCAGCGGCUUCUUCAUGACGGCGCCCCAGGCCGUGGCCUACGCCUACCUGGGCGAGUUCCACUCCCCGGACAACCGCGCCAGGGCCUUCGUGUGGGCGGGCGUGUUCCCCGCCAUCGGCCUGCUGCUUCUGCCCGCGAUGGGCUGGCUGGUGCUGCCGCAGCCCUGGGCGGUGUCGCUGCCGCUGGUGGGCGAGGCGCACGCCUGGCGGCUGUACGUGGUGCUGUGCGGCCUGCCCAGCUUCCUCACGGCCGUGGGCUUCUGCUUCCUGCCCGAGAGCCCCAAGUACCUGCUGGGCCAGGGCCGCGACCAGGAGGCGCUGGCCGUGCUGCAGAAGGUGUUCCGCGUCAACUCGGGCCGGCCGGCGCACGAGUAUCCGGUGACGGCCCUGCUGCCCGCCACCAGCGACGCGGGGGCCAAGAAGCUCGCCGACGCCGAGGCGUCCGGCACGGCCGCGGACCCGGCGUCGCGGCCCGCGGGCGUGCGCGCCGUGCUGCGCUCCGUGUGGCAACAGACGGCACCGCUCUUCACUCUGGAGCACGCCCUGUCCACCUUCCUGGCGCUCUUCAUCAUGUUCGGCAUCAUCGCGGGCGCCAACGGGCUGCCCACCUGGCUGCCGGAGCUCUUCAACCGCAUGGCGCUGUGGGAGGGCGAGCACCCCGGCGCCAGCACCAGCAUCUGCGGCUCGGUGGAGGGGCUGCUGCACCGCGACGGCGCGGCCGCCGGCAACGCGUCGUCGUCGUUGGCCCGCCUCCUCCGGACGACGCGAUCGCCCUCCGCCGCCUUCCCCGCGCGGCGCGCCCUCGACCCGGGCGCGUGCGUGGCCACGGUGGAGGAGGCCGUGUUCGUCAACAACCUGUACCUGGGCGUGGCCGCGCUGCUCGCCCCGGUGCUCAGCGUGUACUGCGUCGUGCCCCUGGGCAAGCGCAACCUGCUCAUCCUGUCGCUGUUCCUGACGGGGGCGUGCGGCGUGGCGCUUGACUUGGUGCGCUCCUCGCUGGCCUUCAUGGCGCUGUCCUGCAUCGUGGUGGCCGUCACCGAGAUGUGCAUCUCGCUCUUCUCCAGCGUCGUCGUCGACCUGUUCCCCACGCACCUCAGGGCCAUGGCAGUGUCGCUGUCCCUCAUGUGCGGCCGCAUGGGCUCCAUCGCGGGCAACUUCAUGUUCGGCGCGCUGCUGGAGAACGUGUGUCCGGUCACGUUCUACGCGCUGGGCGGCGUGCUGCUCGUUUGCACCGCGCUGGCGUGCGCCUUGCCGCGCCGGGGGAAGUUUGGAGACUGACGGGCUGACGGCGAAGGCGGGAAGGCACCGCCGCCGCGACCGCCGCGACACAGGCGGACAUUCGACUCUCCGACGAGGCGGCGGAUUGGAGCAAUUGGAGCUGCAGCCUGCUUUGGGGACUCUGUCAUGGGCGGAGGGCAGAGGGUACUCGCGGAAGGCACUCUGCAGGACUUUCUUUUCUUUAGAGUCAGUGAGUGUGUUUGAGGGUGUGUGUGUGCGCGCGCUCGGUGCACGCCCGCUGCCCGCUCGGGCGUUCUGGCUGUGUAACUCAAAUGAACGAAACUUCUCUGGAGGCGGCUGAAGUGGAAGAGACGGGCGCGCCGGAGUCGAAUACGCCCGCCCAGCCCAGCCCAGCCGCAGUGCGAGCCGCUCCCACAUUUCCCUGCUAUGACGAGACACAGUUUGUUCUUUUCCGGACUGCACACACGAGACACGGUCUUCUCAAAUUGUACAUACGAGACACAUUUGUUCUUUCUCAAACUGCACAUUUUUUAAGCCAAAAAUAAAAAUAAAAAGAGGACGACGACAAAACGA